AUGCCGCAGAUUCUGCCUUCAAUGAAGGAAUUUGUUCGUCUCGGUACUCAAUUCAUCGGGUACCGUGAUCUUGCCAAUGAGCUGAAAGAAUCACUUUCUGAGGCGAACAAGCAUGCUGAUGACCUGGCCCGGAAGCUUGAACAGAGUAAAAAAGCUCGCGAAAAAGCUGAAUCAGAUGCUGCCACUGUCGAGCGUCUUCGAAAGAGACUUCAAGAUGCGAAAAAUGCUUUGAUCUCAAGCGCAACUCCUCCCGGCCCUAGGUUUUCGCCGCCGUCCCUCACCUCGCAGCCAUCCCCGUCUUUCUACUCCUCGGUCGCUCAAACCUCCCGUCACUCUCCCUCGAAUUCCAGUCGCUGUCCAACUCCUCGACGUCCCCAUCUUGCCCCCACGUCCACCUCUGCCUCUCUGCUCGAUCGAGCAGUCAAUGGGGAGGAACAGCGACGGAGAGCAGGCCUCCUCGAUUGGUUUCCCGUGGUUAAGGCUUACAUUCCUCUCCUACUGGUCUGGCAUGGCCAUAAAAGAAAAUCCAGUAUAGGCGACGGCAGGCCUCCGUACCGGAACAUCCAGGUGCCGCUGCACCGCUUCGCGCCGCUGAAGCAGUCGUGGUCGGAGAUCUACACGCCCGUCUACGAGCACAUGAAGGUUGGAAUCUGCAUGCUCCUCAAGGGAUGCAUCAUCGCUCCAAAUUAUCAAGGUAUCUUCCCAAACAAAGUGUGAGCCACCAAGAUAAGUUAAUGGCGCUAAGAAAACCAGAGAA